GUCGAUACUUAAAGCUAAUAUUUUAAUGGUAACAAUAUGGAGAUUGACUAUAGUAAUAUAAUUACGACGACAUAAAGAUAAUAUUGCGGUUAAACGGACAACAAAAACGUGUUAUUAUUGACAAAAUGAUAUUUUUUUUUUCCUCUUAAAUCAACGUUAAUGAUAAUAUUAUAAUAUAGGUGUAAUAUUUAUUUACAUUAUACAAACACAAACACCGGCCAUUUCGGGCCGAAAGAUAAAAUAUUUAUACAUACGUAAAGUGUAUUAACAUAUAUUGAAAAUCAGAAAACGUGCUGUUUUUUCAAAGUGCUUCAUUAUUAUUAUUAUCAAUAAUUUUGUAAACGCUUUAUGUAUCGCGUUUUUGACUCUUAUUAAAUAUAUUUAUAGUAUAUAAAAAAAACUAAUUAUAAAAUAUCACCGUUUAUGAUCAUUAACGAUGUUUUAUACAAUUCUUGUUUGGCCAGAAGAUAAAUGUUGGGUAUUGAAUAAAAAGAAGAAAUGAAAUACAAAUGGAAGUAUAGCGGAAAAGAGAAUAAUGGAGUUGCGGAGGACGUGCAGUGAUGGUAUCCAGUGGCGGAUUUACAGAAGGUGGGGUGUCAAUAGGUCCAAACACCGAUAUAAUUUAAAAAAUAGGCAUCUAUUGAAAAUGAUGAAAUACUUGUGAUUUUCCAGGACCCUUUUUAGAAAAACUGUUGAAAAUAAUAUAAUAUGUACUGUAAUAAAAACGAGGUAGACCUUAUAGGCUAAUUAUUAGUUAAUAUAUUAGCGGGAGUAUAUUAGCAGUUGUAGCAAAUAACAGAGUGAUAAUAUAGGUAUAUUGAGAUGGUGAUGUGGUAUGUAUGUUAACAGAAGAAGAAACGAUUACGAGAUUGACGAGACCAUAUAAGCGAGACAAGUAGUGUAGUCGGAAGCCGUGUUAGAGCGGGUGGGCUAAUGAAAAAUGGACACAGAGAUUAUAAUAUUAUAUAGGGGAGAUACGAGGGCGUACGGAGUAUAUGAAGAAACGGGUAUUAUAAAAUGGGGAGAUGAUGGGAGGGAAAAACUAAGAGUAGGUGUCCUCAGUCGUGUGGGAUAAAACGCGAAGAAUGGAAUAGAAGAAGAUCCUGAACCGGGGAGGUAUUAAAAAUGAUUCUCGACACGAUACCGGAUCGGACCUGAAGCGAGCUCGGAGAUUAAUACAACAAUAAUAAGAGACAAAUACGGAUCAAACCAAGGUUUGAGCGCAUACAAUAUUAUGUUUCGCUCUAUCGCGGAAUCGCUGCGACACGAUUAAAAAUACUAUUAUAAUUAUUAGAUAGCAUGGACUAAGAUAAUAUACAGGGCUGGACAUGACAUGGUUGGACAGGAAUUUGUACAUGAAUUGUUUUUAUAGAACUGGCGGCGGAGAGUAGAUAUUAUUCGUUCUAGGCUUAGGUAUAUUUAAUAUACAAUAAUUAAUUAUUAUUAUCUAUAAACCUUGGUAUUUAUUGGACUUUGAUCACUAUAUUAUACUAGCGUCGACCUAACGGAUACUUUCGGAACUAUAUUUACGUUUUCACCGAGAAUUGAGAUAAUGUUAAAUUACCUUAAUCCGUGGUUGCCACCAAGUGUAAUACCUAGUUUACAUUCAGCCGCUGCCAUGGCUACUCGCGCUGCCGUAUUUACUCUUCAAAAUACUUCUGCGACAGCGUCGACGGCAGUGAGUGUUAACAUUGCCCAGCUAAUUAUAGCAGCGCGAGCAGCAAUUAACCGGAUUGAUCGCAUUGCCGGUUAUGUCGCUCCUCACGCUGCUAAGUUUACCGUUCUUGACGGAAGCGUCGGGCAGCGUCAGUGCGAGGAGCAUGAUCAGCGCGAGUGACGCGUUUACAUACUCGCGCUGCCCAUAUUAAUGCUCACUUCCCUGCUCACUGCCACGGAAGUGGGCUGAAUGUAAACUAGGUAUAAAGAAUUCAUGCGACUAUUUGGUAGUUACCAAACAAUUAGUUUCAAACGUAUUCACUAGAUGACGCUAGUACUGAUCAAAUGGCAAAUAAUUUCCAUUUCUCAACCGUCUUACCUAUAACAUUUCAUACAAUCAUAAUAUAAAUCCCAUGUUUAGUCUCUAUGUCAUUAGACCACGGUCUGGUAUAGGUAACUUACGGUUUUAACAACAAAAAGGCGAUUACAAUUUUGGCACAACGAUAUUAUAAUAGGUUAUACUCGGUAUAUAGAUACACUUACGAUUAUAUAAUAUAAUAAAAUAUUUAAAACGAAAUCUUAAAACUACCAGAUCGAUUGGAAAGCAAGUAUAGUCCUUCUCCUCCUUUUCGCAGACUCAACAAACCGCCUUAACCUCAGGAUGGACGAGAUGGACGCGAAAAUAACAUUUAUAGGUACGCGUUUCGGACAAAUGAAAUUUGUGGAAAAUACUUGUUUGAAUCAUGUCCCGUCCGGUCAUCGGACUGUGUAGGUGACUAAAUCAGCAUAUAGUAUGAUAAAAAAAACGCAUCAAAAUCUAAAGCUCGGAUUUUUGAAAAGACAUGUUUUACUGCCGAAUUAGUUCAUUUGACAUGCUAUACAGUUUUUCGGUUUCGAUUCGUGCACGGCACUAAAGUCCAGCCCCGAUCGUAUACGAACGGACUACAGUGGAGCAAUUUCAUUAGUUCUGAUGAACGGCAUGGUCGAAAAUAAUGGUCAGAUCAAAAAUGGUCAUCGGAAAAACGACCGGUAAAAUUUCAUUGGUACAUUACAUCAAAAAUGUUCAAGGAAAAUAUAAUCAAAUGAAAAAUGGUGGUCAGCCGAAAACAAUUUAUUCGAGUAUAUAUUUUUUAAAUAUCCAAUUUUUUCUACAGUCAUAUUUUCCCCCUUGCUAUUUUUGUAUUUG